GGCUGCACCAUGAGCCUGGGGAAGCUGCCGGUGCUCAGCUGGGUGUCAGGCUCCCACGGCAAGCGGCGGCUGAAGUCGGAGCUGACCCCAGACAUGAUCAGCCCUCCGCUGGGGGACUUCCGGCACACCAUGCACGUGGGGCGCGGCGGGGACGUCUUCGGGGACACCUCUUUCCUCAGCAACCACGGCGGGGACGGCGCGGCCAAGCCCAAUGGCUUCUUCGCCCGCACGCUGCGGCACGUCCGGCGGGCGCCGCUGCGGGGCCGCGGCAGCGUGGACCACACCUCGGCCUCGCCGGCCCCGCCGCCCGUCUCGCCCAUCAUCAAGAACGCCAUCUCCCUGCCCCAGCUCAACGAGGCCGCCUCCUACGACGGCGGCGGCGGCCGGACCAUGACCAGCAAGUUCUCCUUCAAAAGCGCCUCCAACAGCUUCUCCAAAACGCACCAAGCCUACGGGCUGGAGUCUGGGUUUUGCACCAUCCCUCGUGUCCCUCGCUCGGAAAAGGCCCAGGAGAGUGCCUUGCCCGGGGAAGAGGAGCUGAAGCAGUCAGACUCACUGCUGUCCUUCCGUCUGGAUCUGGGGCCCUCCCUGAUGAGCGAGCUCCUCCAGGUGAUGAGCUUCUCCGAAACCAACGGAGGUGAGGCAAGAGAGGAUGACUCAGACCUCCCAUGUAGCGACGGGACCAAGGACGAGGUCCUUCUGGCCUCAGGUGGAUCCCACGGAGAGGACAAGGCAAGCUUCAGCUUCUGGGAGCGCUCUGGGCAAAGCAGCCUGUCCGGGGCCAGCUCGCUGCCAGGACUGUCAGUCCAUGCCAAUGGAGAGGCGCACGCCAUCGAGGACCCUGCCUGGGCUUCAGGGCCAGGGGCGGUGUCCAGAGGCACCACAUGGCAGGGGCACUGGAAUGACUGUACCAUCGAGGCAGGAGAGUUUGACCGGGCAGCCCAGGUCCUGGCUCGUCAUUACGGUGGCACCAGCACCCCACGGAGCUCGGAGAAGGGAGAGGGUCCCCGGCAGGCCCGGACACAGACCCCCUGGGAGAGCCCCAGCAGCAGCUCCUGGAGGUCACAAAUGACAGGGGAGAGUCAGUCCUCUGAGGCCACCUGGAACCAAGGAGAAGAGGAGGAGGAGGAAGCCAAGCUCUGUGGCCUGCAGGAAGGGUAUGCCCGGGUGGGGCACAGCAAUUCCUUUGAGUAUGCCGACGAUGAGGAGGAGGAUGAAGUCAAGGUGUGAACGGCCAUCCCUCCCAUCAUGGCCUCCCACCAGAGGCACUGGUGCUGAGGUCUUUGCCUUCCUCCCUGUCCUUCACCCUAAGGCACUCCCCUUGUCAGGCUGGGGGCACUGGGGAGGCUGGAGUGGGACAGGAGAAGACCUCCUAGGAGUCUCCCUGGGGCUGGCCAGGCUGCUGCAGAGGGCCAGUGAGGGUUGUGUAUUGCAGCUCCAGGCACCACGUCCCCUCCCUGUCCUCACUGCCAUUAGAAGUCAAAGGCACUUUCCCACGUGCCAAAGAAACCCCAGACCCCUUCCUACCCCAUAUGCAUUCCCCUGGCACCCUGUCUCACAUCCCUCAGGCUGUCCAAGCACCUGGGCUGUCCUCCCACUGAAGCCCCCAGCCACCCCUUUUUCCAGCAGAGGUGCCCUACCAGAUAUUACCACCGACAGCUCUGGCACAUAGGGAAUGGGAGCCUCAGCAGCUCCAGUUAGUGCAAGACCUCCCCACACAGGACAUUAUCUACCAGGGCAGGUCAUCUAGGGGCUCAAGGAGCAGGCAAACCCCACAGAGCUGAGCUUUCUCAUUUCCCUUCCAAAAAAGAGCCAUGAACUCAGUGUGCAGAAGGUGAGAGCCCCCAGAGAUAAUUGCAGGGGCCUUUUCACUUGCUUCCUACUGCUGAGCAUCACCUAGGAUGGCUCCUUUUCCAACCUCCAGCACCAACCCCUCACAGCAGGGACAGCAGCAAACUCUUGGCUAGCUAGAGGCAAAGGUAAAGUUGUUAGGUCACCAAAUUCUGCACCUCAGGUCCUAAAACUCCCUUCCUUUCCCCCUGCCUCAGGAAAAGGGGACCCUGCAGCUAUUCAGGCUGUGACACCUUUGCUCCAUCCCACCCCCUCACCCUA